AUGGCAGACAUUCCAACAACAUUCCUCACAAGUGCAGUGGAUCCACCAAGUUCCCCACGGAAUUUAAACCUCAAAAUCUAUGGUGUUUAUCCAUUUACAGAUGUCUGGAUACUGUGGUCAUCUUCCAACUAUACUGGUGGUUUACCUGUGAACUACUCCAUCAAAUUGUGCAAUGACAAUCCUGACAACUCAUGUCAGAAAACUGCCUGCAGGUUGAUCAACAUAAAAGAAUGCCAGCCUGUAAACAUUCUCAGCACUACAAUGAAUUUCAAGUGCAUUCUGAAAACUUUCUUAGAUGCCUGUGUCUAUAAUAUUUCUGUUAUGGCCACAAAUGCUGUUGGAAGUGCACAAAGUCUAAUUUACCUGCCAUUUAUGUCUAUAAGUUCAGUUACACCCAAGCCUCCUGAAAAUUUUAGUGUUGAGCGCACAGAUAAAGAGGGUGAAUUACGUGUGCGUUGGAAAGCCAGACUAUCUUGGGAUCUAGCCUACCAAAAUUAUACAGUGCUCUAUCAUGCCAAAGGGGAGAUUAAAAAUAGGACAAGCACUAGAUCCAAUAAAGAAUUUACACUGCUUACUGGACUGAAAGACUUUACAGAGUAUUAUGUUUAUGUUGUGGUCAGAUUAGAUGAAUCAGCCUGGAGUGAAGCCAUUGGGCCAAAAAUUGUCAGGACAAAAGCAGGCUAUCCAGUCAAUCUACCAAAGGUGAUAAGAGAUUAUUCGUUAUCCUUUCCGGGCAAUUCUGGUCUCAGGAAUGUAUCAGUGGAAUGGGAGCCGGCAGAUACCUCAUCAUGGCGGGGCAAUCCUGGUCAGUAUGUGAUUUCAUGCGCAUACCAUGUUGGCCAGAGGAAAGUUAAAGGUUGUAGUUAUACUACUGAUGCCAAAGCAACCAACAUUACUUUACCAAGAUUGGAAAAUGCACACAGCUAUGAUGUCUUCAUGAUCAUGCGUAAUAUGGAAGGAAAGUCCAGCACACGCAGAUUGUUUCAUGUCAUUAAGAAAGUGCAAGAGACCCAAACAACAACGACCCAAGAAAGAAAAUUAAGUAGCGCAGAAAUUGCCGGGCUUACUAUUUCAGUUCUCGUAGGAUGUACGAUAGCUGGAGUUGCUGUUUACUUUGUAAGAAAAUGGGGACGCCGGCAAACACCUCUGAUGCCCUUGCAGGACAUUCAGCUAGAGCCGCCGCCGGUAGAGUAUGACUACAUCGCUGAAGCGGACAGCAAAGACGCUAAUGGGGACUACAGUCAACUCUAUGACAAGUAGUAUUGGUGUGAUUGAUAUCGGGUGACUGUCACACGCGAAUAAGUGUUUUGAAAUAAUAACUGUUGAUCCUUUCUCUCCCAAAAUAAGAUUCCUAAUGCUCAGUUGGAUAUAAAGAGUUAAAAAAAUACCAGAAGACUGGUUAGCAGAGGUGACUGGUUAACAAAAAUGACUGACAAGGAUUAGUGGACGAGCAAUCCCUGCUUUUAGGCGAACUCUGGGUCCGUCAGUGGAAAACAAAUUGAUGUCAGUGCGCCGCGCGGAACUCUGGGAGUCAGACGCCCUAGCAUCCAUUUUUUUCCUCUAAUUGUGUUUUAUCCGCACGACGAACUUCUCCGAAAUGCAGGGAUUGCUCUUAGUCUAGGCAACAAGUGAAGAUUAAAAAAAAUAGCGAAAAACAGAAAAUAAAACGGCGAUGCAAUAUAUGUUGGAGGCUCUCGUGGAGAAUCAGCGGAACGCUUAUAUUGAUCUGUUGGUUCAAAAUGAUUGGAAUAGUUUUAAAUGCUGUGCUUGGACUGUGAAGCGAAAAAGCUAGCAGUCACAUUGAAACAAAGAAUCUGUUGGCUUUACGAAGCAGUCACCUCUGCCACCCAGGGGGAAGAUCAAUUAAUGAAUCUUCUCUGUGAAAACUUGAAGCUUCCGUUUGAAAUAGUUUUAUAGCGAUUCCAGAAGAAUUAAGAGAAAUGUUAAAAGGAAAAAUUCGUGGCACUUAAGAUAAUCUUUGUUCCUCUAAAUUACCUCAAGAAUUAAGGUAAGCAGAGAAAAAAGAGAUUAACGAAAA